AUGACUUCGGUCAUCGGAUGGUACGGCCCACAGGUGGAUCUAUGCAGAGUCGCCUCUCACGUCGGUGAUUUCGUUCAGUUGGUCGUCUUCGUCCACCGUUGCACUCCCGUGCAGUACAAGUUGCCGAAAGGUGGAGAAACCGUUAGGACGGACAUUCAGGUCGGCGAUGAGACGCACCCAUUCUUCGUCGUGUCCUUGUGGCAGAAGCAGACGAGAAACGUUGCCGCUGCCGGCGACGUUGUGUUGUUGCAGAAUAUGAAGAUAGCAAAAUUUGGACAAGUCGUGGAGGCUAGAAGCGCACUGUGUUCGUCAGUAGUUCGUUUGGUGCAUCCUUAUGAAUCCCUAGUUUCUAAAGGUCUCGAUGAACUGAUUGUGGAAUCUGGAGUCCAGAAAUUAGCAAAGGCAAAGCUAGCAAAAGUGAUCAAAUGGGUCAAGAAAGAUGGCUCUGCUCUCUACAACAUUGCCAUUGGGUCACACGAGUCUAUGCAGAAGAGGAUGCAGUAUAGGAACUGGAAGUUACCGGAACAAAUUGAACCGCAUACCUUUUUCUUGCUUUCUGAUGUAUCCUUGUUAGUCAAAUCCUGCAAGGCAGUAUUCAAUGGGUUUGUGGGUGAAAUUUUUUUACCAAUCACCUGGAGAGCCCUUGGAGACUCUGAGAAAGAGAAAAUGUUUGUCAGCAGGAGAACAACUAGAACUGAAGAUGAUGAUCUAGCUGAAGAUUUUAUUUGCGUUGGUUGUCAAUUAUGUGGUUCCCCUUUGAAUAUGGAGGAUGGCUGCAGGUUCAAACAGAAUUUUGCUUCUCUCUACUGCGCAAAGAGCUCAAAUUGUCUCCAUGUAGUAAGCUUGAUAUACAGGCCUUUUCUGUUAUAUGUGUGGGAUGAAUCGGAAUAUAUACCUCUCCUGGUAAAGAACAAAGCAGCUGAGCUUUUGUUUGGAAACAUCACAGCAGAAAGGGUGAAAUCCUGCUACGAUGAACUGAAACCAAAACUGGAUGAUGCUCCAAGUACUCGCCCAAUAGUUGUGGAGAAGAAGCCUGCUUCUGGUAGGAGUAUUAAUUUCCAUUGCCUUUGGGUAACGAUGGUGAAAAUGUUGUUGGAGCAAGGUCAAAACAGCCCCUUGAACUUUGAAGUGGACGUGAAUCCAAGCAUAGAUAUUGAAAAUGGGAGGUAUGAGGUUUUGUCUCUGUCGGUUCCAUGCUUUGCAAAACCAAGUAAUCACUGA